AUGCAGGGUCUUGCGGAUGGUCCCGUCAAGACUCACAUGUUCCGACUUGAACUAGAUUCACUAGAACAAGCAAUUUCCAUUGCGGAGCAGGAAGACUUCAGUCUGAGACAGGCUCGCGCCAGCUCGACAUCAUAUCGUCAACCGAGACGAUACGACAACGGAGGUCCAGAGCCGAUGGAACUCUGUUAUGUAGAGAGCGAGAAGGCUCGCUCUACAGACUACAAGAAGUUGCAGAAAUGCAACAGAUGUCAGAAGACAGGACACUACGCUUAUGAGUGUAGUGCCCCUCGUCCAGUGUCUCGCAACACUGGGCGUAGUGACCGUCUACCCAUGAGAAAGGGGCAGGGACGAGGGUCCGCUGUUGGUGCAAAGACGCAACAACGGGAUGGACCGUCAAAGAACGGACAGGAUCAGUAG